AAUUGCCCAAAUAUUAAAACCCCUUGAUAUCUUGAUUAGGUGCCUAAUCUUCUUCGCUUCACCCGCUCCUCCUCCUCCUCCUCUCUGCCUUCUCUCCUUCUUCCUUCUCUUUAUAUCUUCGCCUCGCCUCUCUCGCUGCAGCCCUUCGCUUCUCUCCCUCUCUCUUAAUCUCUCUCGCCGGAGCAAAAUUUUCCGACCGACCGACCGUCGCUUCGCCGGCGGGACAGAUGACUGGAGGAGGAGCGGAGCGAGCCCCGAUUCCGAUUCCGAUUCCGGUCGCCCCACAGUUGCGCGUCGCCCCAAUCGUCUGACGAUGGAGGACCAUUUCCCUCGCCAUCAGCAAAGCUCGAAUCGUGGAUGAGCUGCUCCAACGGUCCCAAUUCGGAUAAAAUCCGUUCUGGAGAUGUGGCAAAUGACGCGCUCGCUUUCCCUUAUCUAGCAGACACACACACACCCACCCAAAGCAGAUGCUCUUUCCGUGUCCCUUUCUAGCUGGAAUCUCACCCAACAUUGCCGUCUUUUCGCUUUGAUCGAGUCGACUCCGAGGUCAUAUCCUCGCUUAUCGUCUUCCACUGAACCCCGAGUCUCGUGGGUUUUACUGGGUUUCCGGCCAUGAAUCGGCUCAGCCUGAACCGGAGGUUCCUGGCCGCGGGCCUCGGCAUGCCGCCGUCGGAGGCGUCGGGGGAGAACGGGACGACGGCGGCGGCGGCCAGCGACUCGUACAUCAGCGAGACGAACUUCGACACCAACAUGGUGAUCAUCCUGGCCGCCCUGCUGUGCGCGCUCAUCUGCGCCCUGGGGCUCAACUCCAUCGUCCGCUGCGCCCUCCGGUGCAGCCGGCGGUUCGUGGCGGAGACGCCGGAGCAGGCGGCGGCGAGGCUGGCGACCACCGGCCUCAAGAGGCGCGACCUGCGCCAGAUCCCCGUGGCGGUGUACGGGUCCGCGGCGGCGGCGGCGAGCAUCCCGGCGACGGAGUGCCCGAUCUGCCUCGGCGAGUUCGUCGACGGGGAGAAGGUGCGGGUGCUCCCCAAGUGCAACCACGGGUUCCACGUGAGGUGCAUUGACACGUGGCUGCUCUCCCACUCGUCCUGCCCCAACUGCCGGCACUCGCUCCUGGAUCGGCGGCCGCCGGAGAACGAGCCCGCCGUCGUCGUCGAUUAGCCCGUAGAAUCCCGCGGCGGCGGCGGCGGCGGAGGUAGAAGAAAAGGCCCACUGUAAAUUCCUCGGGUUUGAUUGAUAGUGUAAGGCUGAGGCAGUGUGUGUGCCCGCUUUAGUUUUGGAGGCGGAAGUUUCAGAUGUAUAGGAAGAACACGGCGGAGCGAGUUCCGGCGCCGAUCCGACUCAGCGAGUUUCGAAAAUUGGUAGAUAUCUAUUUUCUGCCUCGUUUCCAA